CUUUUUUAUUUCUCUUCUUUUCAAAGCUCCAGAAGUCUUAGGUUUUCCCACCUUAACAAAACUGAACGGUUAUGGGUUUUUUCCUCUGUAUUUGCUGAUGCAGUUUCCUUUCAGAUCAUCCUUCAUUUAAGACUCUCAUGGAUCCUGGAAUUUCCAUGAUGGUUGCAAAUUGAGAUGCCCAUGUGAUCAGAUCCGAUUCCCCCCCCUUUUUUUUUGCAGUUCCCAUUAAGCGAAGUUGUUAAGUGAAUGCAGUGGUUAUUAAGGGAAUGUCAUGGCCAUUAAGCAAAUCAAUAUAUUCCUAAACCAAGCAAAAAAGACAGAAAAAGGUGCAGUGAAUUGCACUUACUUGACUGCAAAAUGCUACAACUGUAUAUAGGUGAGCCAGCUGCCAAGUCCCCAAAAUGUGGUUAUGUGACUACAGGGGUGUGUGCAGCUGUUGGAACUCUGGCACUGGGUUGCAAGUAGCUUGGGGGAGCGGGUCCAUUGCAACACUGAAUGGUCCUUAAGUGACCCAGUCAUAAGUUGAGGAAAAACCAGGCUUAUUGUUCAUUAUUUGGUUUGCAAUUUUUCUUAAGUCUUUUUAUUAGUCAAUUUUAGUCUUGAAUUGAAUUGACAGCGGAACGAGGUCAGACAUAACGUAUUUGCAAUUACAAGCACAUGAUGUGAUCAUGGUGUUGGCUUAAAUAGCUUUAAAAGGAAUUGGAUCAAUGAACAAGAAAGGAGAUAUCUAUUUGUGGCUGUUAACAAUGGUGAAUAAUUGGAAUAUCCUAGUUAUCCUGGACCAAGUAUGUCUGUCUGACAUGAAGGAAGGCUUUGGGGCUUUUAAAGACCUCUGGCUAUUCAGUGGAAUAAAAAGAAUUUUGGAUUAGCAUAUCUAAUAGGUAUAUGUAAGAAAGAGCAUGUUGUUAUUCUCCCCUAUUCUGUAAAUUAAUCCAUGUCUGUGUCAAUAGCCUAUUUUGUCAGAUGUUAAGUUUGGUAUGGACUUUAGAAAGUGCAUUUCAAAAUGUUUUCAUCCAGCUGUAGACAAACCCCUGAUUGAUAAACCUGAUACCACCACCACUUAAUCUAAUCAUGUCUAUUUCUGCAAGAAUAUUGGGGGUGGGACCUACAUUUUACCCUAUUGAGGGCUUCAUUGUUGGGUCAAAUUUCUCCUAUCUUAAAUAGGAGAUGAUGAUUCAGGAUACUAAAGCUUGCAGUACUGAUGAGGUGAUCAGACCUGUUCAAACCUGUUCAAAGUGAGCAGAGGGCUACAGCAACUCUCUCAAAGGAAAAUAUAUAUAACGGUUGCAAUGUUUCUGGUUUGGAGCUUAAAUAACAGGAGAUAGAGAUUAAAUGACGCAUGGCCUGGGAUAUGGAAUUAAGCAUUUUUUUUUUGGCCUACAUUUCAUAAUAUUAAGUUUAUCCACUAAAUUGAAUGAUAGAUUUGGGACUCCUAAAAAGAUCUAUUUCUUUGCACAAAAUAGAAUUAAACUGUGUAGAGCGCUCUGCCAUACUGCCAAAGGGUAUCAAUUUAAAUGACUAGGCUAGACAAGUUAAUACAGCAGGGUGGUCUGUAUGGCCAUUAGUUUGGAUAGCUGCUUCUUGGCAAGCUGCAUUCUUUGAAUACCAACUGCCAGGGAGCAACAGUGGGAGAGGGGCUGUUACAGCUGGCUGGCCUUUAGGUGACCCCCAAUGCUGGAGGCCCAAGGCUGAUCAGACAGGAGGCUUUGUGUAUUUCAGCGCCCGGGGACCCUUGGAUUUAAAGUUUAGUUUAGCUGCAAAACAUGCGACAGGAUUUCAGGCCAUUCACAUUCCAGCCUUGUGUGGAGUGGCCAGAACUCCAAUGUUGAUGGCAUCGUAAGACAUAAUUAAAUUCUCAAUGGAAACUACAAGUUUCUAGUUUUCAUCAAUGGUGUAUUAACCAUUAAGCAGACUAGGCACAUGCUUAGGGCACCGAGCCCAAGCAGGCACUACAAAGUUGAGAAGAAGAAGAAACCAAUGAAGAUUUAUACAAUAUGUACAAAAGAGAGGGGGCACCAAGAUUGGUCAGGGCUUAGGGCAUCGGUGAGCCUUAAUCCUCCACUGGCUUUCAUAAAUGAGAAGGAGGCUCCAGUACCAAAAGGAAACCGUGCAGGGACCACCUCUUUUCCUCCCAAGGAGACCCGUGCUUUUUCCACGAAUGCCAGUCCAACUUAACCUUUCUUUCAAAUUGGCCGUUCUUUGGAAAGCGCCACCGCGCAUUCUCUCCGCUGCUAGGACAGAGGGGCCACACGAAAGAAAAAGGAGCUUUGCAAAGAUCGAAAGGGGGCGCUGCAGAGUCCCUCCCCGGCUGCAAGACGGGCGGACCUCGGAGACGGCGGCGAAGAGGACCCGGUGGGCCGCUGGCCGGUCGUUUCCCAUUGACUGGGAGUGAGUUGGCCGGGGCGCGAUGUCCGAUCUGAGUUGCUGGGAAACUUUGGCGGGCACCCUCUUCCGGCGCUCCAAGAGCUGUCGAAGCAACAGGAAGAGCCUAGUGGUUGGAACUCCUUCGCCUACCCUCUCACGUCCUUUGUCGCCCCUCUCUGUGCCAACAGCCAGUAGCAGUCCAGUUGAUAGUCCUCGCAAUUUCUCCACAGGUGCCUCUGCCAGCUUUCCCUUUGCUCGCAGCCAUGUUCCUCGAACCGACAGGGCUGAUGGCCGAAGGUGGUCACUCGCCUCAUUGCCCUCAUCCGGCUAUGGGACCAACACUCCCAGUUCCACUGUUUCAUCAUCGUCUUCCUCCUCUCAGGAGCGUCUCCACCAACUGCCCUACCAACCUACGCCUGAUGAACUGCACUUCCUUUCAAAGCACUUCCGUAGCACCGAAAGCGUCCCGGGAGAAGACGGGCGCCAUUCACCCUAUUCCCGUCCUCGGGCCCGCAGCUUGAGCCCUGGGCGGACAAGUGGGAUCUUUGACAAUGAGGUGGUAAUGAUGAAUCAUGUAUACAAGGAGAGAUUCCCGAAGGCCACUGCCCAGAUGGAAGAACGCCUGGCAGAGACAAUUGCUGCUUUCUCGCCCAGUAGCAUCCUCCCUUUGGCUGAUGGCCUACUGGGAUUCAUCCACCACCAGAUCAUUGAACUGGCCCGUGACUGUCUCAACAAGUCCCAAGGGGCCCUCAUUACCUCCCGCUAUUUCAUUGAACUGCAGGAGAAGCUGGAGAAAAUGCUAAGAGAUGCUCAGGAGCGCUCCGAGAGUGAGGAACUGCACUUCAUUGAACAGUUGGUCCGUAAAUUACUGCUCAUCAUUUCCCGGCCAGCUCGGCUGCUGGAGUGCUUGGAGUUUGACCCGGAAGAAUUUUAUCACCUCCUGGAGGCUGCCGAAGGUCAUGCGAAAGUUGGACAAGGCAUCAAAACAGACAUUCCACGUUACAUUAUCAGUCAACUGGGACUCACCAAAGACCCUCUGGAGGAAAUUGUUCAGUUUGAUCAAGUUGACUGCCCUUCCCCAGCGGGCCCAGAGCAGCAAGAUGAACUUCCUGAGAACCAGACUUCUACCCCCAUUCCACGGAGGAAGCCCUGUGAAAGCGAUUUUGAAACUAUCAAGUUGAUCAGCAACGGGGCUUACGGGGCUGUGUAUCUGGUGCGGCACAAGGAGACUCGCCAACGGUUUGCCAUCAAGAAGAUUAACAAGCAGAACUUGGUGUUACGGAACCAGAUCCAGCAAGUCUUUGUGGAGCGCGACAUCCUGACCUUUGCGGAGAACCCUUUUGUGGUCAGCAUGUUCUGCUCCUUCGAAACCAGGUGUCAUCUCUGCAUGGUCAUGGAGUAUGUGGAAGGUGGGGACUGUGCCACCCUGCUGAAGAACAUGGGACCUUUGCCUGUGGACAUGGCCCGGAUGUAUUUUGCUGAGACAGUCCUGGCCCUUGAGUACCUUCACAAUUACGGCAUUGUUCACCGGGAUCUCAAACCAGACAACUUGCUCAUCACAUCUAUGGGCCACAUCAAGCUGACCGACUUUGGCCUGUCCAAGAUUGGCUUGAUGAACAUGACUACCAAUCUCUAUGAGGGCCACAUUGAGAAGGACACCCGAGAGUUUGUGGAUAAACAGGUCUGUGGUACUCCUGAGUAUAUUGCUCCGGAAGUGAUCCUGAUCCAAGGUUACGGCAAGCCAGUGGACUGGUGGGCCAUGGGCAUAAUACUCUACGAGUUCCUGAUCGGCUGCGUCCCAUUCUUCGGUGACACUCCAGAGGAACUCUUUGGGCAAGUGAUAAGUGAUGAAAUCAUUUGGCCUGAGGGGGAUGAAGCUCUUCCUGCUGAUGCCCAAGAUUUGAUCACACAACUCCUGCGUCACUGCCCUCUGGAGCGGCUGGGCACAGGAGGCACCCAUGAGGUGAAGCACCAUCCCUUCUUCCACCAUCUGGAUUGGAAUGGGCUGCUGAGGCAAAAAGCUGAGUUUAUCCCCCAGCUGGAGGCCGAAGAUGACACCAGUUACUUUGACACUCGCUCAGAGCGGUACCGGCAUUUGGGCUCUGAUGACGAGAAAACCCAGGAUGAGGAAUCCAGUGCGGAGAUUCGUCAGUUUUCUUCCUGCUCCCAUCGUUUCAGCAAGGUUUACAGCAGUUGUGAAUAUCUGGCUAACUCCUCCACCCUCAGUUUCACAUCGUCUGAGCAGGGCCAUGGUGAGGACAAAGAAGACCGGGCCGAGAGGGGGGAUCACAGCUCUGGAGAUGAGGACAAGAGCCGGUUAGCUAAGACUGAGACCAGACUUCGUGCCUGGACCUCUUGUGGCUCCACCGUCCAUUCCUUCCGUCAAGAAUUCAGCCGUAGCCCUGCCAUCCUGAGCAGCACCUGCAGCCUAGAAGCGAUGCCCAAGUUUGCCUUGUCCUCUGAGGAUGAGAGCCCCUGCCGGGGGACAGCCAAAAAGGAGCGCCCCAAGUUUGUCGUUGGGGAUUCUGAGAUGGCAGCACCAAGGACACCCAGCAAGGGCUCAGCACUGGCAGCUGACCUGGCUAGCUUGAACUGUGUCCGUCUCAGGAGCAACAGCACAGGUACUAAGAGCUCUACCUCAAGAGGUCUGGACCGCGAGGGCAGUUAUCGGCCUCACAAGGAUUCUGCAGGGAAGCAGCCAGCAUCUUCCAGUGGCAGAGUGCCAAAGUCAGCUUCAGUUUCUGCAUUAUCGCUUAUCAUCAAUUCAGAUGACUUUAGUGGGGCUGUUCUCAGAAGCCCCAUCUCACCCCACUCCCUCUCUUCCAAUCCUUCAUCCCGUGAUUCUUCCCCAAGUCGGGACUCCGUGCUUGGUGGCUCCAGCCUGCGACCUCCCAUUGUCAUCUACAGCUCCGGGAAGAAGUAUGGCUUCUCACUGAGGGCCAUCCGUGUCUACAUGGGCGACAGCGAUGUUUACGCUGUGCACCACAUGGUUUGGAAUGUGGAGGAUGGGAGCCCGGCUCAUGAUGCAGGACUCCGAGCGGGAGAUCUCAUCACUCAUGUGAACGGGGAGUCGGUCCUGGGUUUGGUUCACAUGGAUGUCGUAGAACUUUUGCUGAAGAGUGGAAACAAGGUGUCCCUGAGGACAACUGCCCUGGAGAACACUAGCAUCCGAGUGGGCCCUGCUCGCAAGAAUAGUUCCAAGACACGGAUGGCCCGUCGGUGUAAGAAGAAUCACAAACGGGACAGCCAGAACAAACGGAAAUCCCUAUUCAAGAAGAUCUCAAAGCAAACUUCCGUUCUGCACACCAGCCGCAGUUUUUCCUCUGGGCUCCAUCAUUCUCUCUCAUCCAGCGAGAGCCUUCCUGGAUCCCCAACACACAGCUCAUCCCCUGGAUCUACUGCUUCUUGCCGCAGCCCUGUCCCGGAUUUCGUGCCAGAUUCUGUCUCGCCCCAGAGUCCCUCUCCAGCCUCCAGCACCCCGACUUCUCCAGCAGGACAGAUCCGACCAAGUUCCCUACAUGGCUUGGCCCCAAAAGUCAGCAGUCAUCGCUACAAGGUUGGGCGCCGCAAAUCAACCAGCAGCAUCCCACCUUCCCCAUUGGCCUGCACUCCUUCCUCCGUCCCCCAACCUCCCUCCCCACAAAGAUCCCCUUCCCCACUUCCAUUGUUUACAAAGAACGUCCAGGCAUUCCAAGGCAAGACCUUGUCUCCGCCCACAAUGGUCCGUCAAGUGUCCCGGCCUCGCAGUGCAGACAGCUCCCGUUCCCCACUUCUCAAACGAGUCCAGUCCACAGAGAAAAUCCCUACUUCCCUGGCUGAAAAAGUGGUUGGCAGCCGGAAGCUCACCCUGGAGACGCCCAACUUGGGAAAUGGAGGUGCCAGAGAGAGUUGCAUGGUCACCCUGGGAGACGCUGGUAUUUCUCGGCUUCGGGACUGGUCUGAGGAACGUCAAGAUCGAGACCACGAAGUCGUGGUGAUGCGGCGGCUGAACUUAUCUGAACGCCGGGACUCUUUCAAGAAGCAAGAAGCAGUCCAGGAGGUGAGCUUUGAUGAGCCAGAACUGACAUCCGGUGGUGAGGUCCCAGCAGAGAGUAAAGCUGGAGACUGGCAGCGUGGAUCUCAUGCAGCUUCCUGGGUAGAGGACGGGUCCUACUGCUCACCUGUCCCUGAUCCCCAGGUGCCCCUCGUGCCCGACAUUGCAGUGCAAGGGGAUGAGCCAGCAGGAAUCACAGCCACGUGGGAAUGCCAAGGAUCAUAUCCUGUCCAUCUGGAGGCCCGGGUCUACACUGAGCAAGAUGAUGGGACAAUGGCCGUUGAGUACAAGAGUGUCUCCUCCCAGCACUGGGGAAAUUGGGAACAGAGGGAGUCUUCGCCCACUGUUGCAGUCACGCACAGGACAACCCAUGGGGAGAAGGCAGUGAACUCACCUUCACCCUCCCGGAAGUAGCAAUUACCGGAGAAUUUGGAAAAAUGACUGGAAGACCUGUUAAAGCCACUUGUCCCUAGCGGAGUAAAGGGGGUGCUUCAAAGGAAGUAAGCUAAUGCCAAGGAUUGAGAACUUUGGGGUCCCAUUUUCAUUCUGCUGAUGUGGUCUUUUCCAGCUAUUUACCACAUCCUCCUCCUUCUUGGGCAGCACUCCGUGUUCCUCCUCACAGGGCAGGGUUGGUGGUGAUUCAGGCUGGAGAUAAAGGCAAUGCUGCUUUUUUACUAAUUAGAAACAUUCCCAUUUCCUAAAACCAAGCAUUAAACUUUCCCAUCCAUGCACUGAGUAUCUUCUGGAGUGUGAAUAUUCUCCACAAUUAAUAAUUUUUCCCACUGUCCCCUCGGCUCCUGCCGAAUGUGAGAAAAGGUAACAAAUGAAGUAGUAAAAGCAUACAAAAUAUCUUUUCUGCCUUGUGUAGGUAGCUAGGGGCAGAAUUGGUUCAUUCUGGGGAGCCUCUUCUCUUGUAUUGAAACUGGUCAAAGGAGGUAUUGUAGCAGUGGUUGGAAAACUCCAAAUCCCAAUCCUGUGACAUCUGUAAACGUUGCAGUGCCUAUGUAUGCCGUUGAUACCCUAACCCAACGCCAGCUCUUGUCUUGCAAACAUUUGAUCUAAAAUUGAGAAGAAAAGCUAAGGG